GGUCAAACACGCAGUUGUUCGGCUCCAUGUAUCUAUACACUUUAUCCAUAGCUUGACCACCAAAUGUCAACUACUACGCCGGCUUGGCUUCUCACCAGAAAAUUUACAGAAGAAUAUUCUACUCAUAUAAAGCAAACACCUUGUGUGCAGCAUCAAUGGAAACAAAGAGGCUGAGAGAUUGUCAGAAAAGAAAAUGGAUAUGCAAAUGGAAAUCAAAAUCAUUUCCAGAGAAACCAUUAAGCCUUCUUCUCCAACUCCAGAUCACCUUAGAAUUCACAAGCUUUCCAUCAUUGAUCAGUUGGCUAUUCAAUGCGAUGUUCCUAUCCUCCUCUUUUAUUCUACCAAUGGCCAUGAUCAUACCCAAAGAUCGAGUCUUUUAAAGAAAUCGUUGUCACAGACAUUAACCCAUUUCUACCCUUUUGCUGGACGAGAAGUGAACAGUUCUUGGAUUGAUUGCAAUGAUGAAGGAGCAAGUUUUGUUCAAGCAAAUGUAGCUGCUGAUUUGUCAAUGCUCCUCAAGCAACCUGACUUCAAAUUGUUGCAGCAGCUACUACCCUGCAAGCCAAAUGACAACUCUGUUCAGUUUCGUCUCAGGGAGAUACUAGCUGUUCAAGUGAACUAUUUUAGUUGUGGUGGUAUGGUUAUUGGUGUAUGCAUUAAGCAUUUGAUUGCUGAUGCUUCGACAGUAGCAACGUUCGUCGAACGCUGGGGCGCUGUCGCUCGUUUUUCUGAUACUGAUGUUCAUGGUGUGAUCUUGGAUCGCACUACUCUCUUCCCUCCUAUUGGCACAACAGGAGGCUUGUCAUGGGGUGAUAAUUCAAGUGAUGAAUUCUUACCUCAAUUUGUGAUGAAGAGGCUUGUGUUUGAUGGUUCUAAGGUUGCUGCUCUAAGAGAAAGAGUUAGCAAUAAACUAUAUCCGGAUCGACCAACACGUUUUGAGGCUGUUUCUGCACUCAUUUGGGGUUCUUCCAUAGCUGCAACUAGAGAAAUGGAUGAAACUAUUGAUUAUCAUGUAGCAAUGACUGUCGUUAACCUGCGAAAGAAACUGAAUCCACCUCUGCCACAGCAGUGUAUGGGAAAUGUUUGCCAAGUGACAACAGCAAAAUGGUCAAUGAAGAAACCAACAGAUUACAAUGAAUUAGCUCAAGAAAUUCAUAAGUCCAUAAAGAAGGUGGAUGAUGAGAGUGUGAGGAAGUUCCAUGCAGAUGGAAAAUGGUUUGAUUUUGUCAAAAAAUUAGGGGAAGAAUAUGGGAAGAAGUCUAAAGUUAGGAUGUUAAAGUUCAGCAGUUGGUGUAGAUUUCCAUUUUAUGAAGUUGAUUUUGGCUGGGGAAAGCCCAGUUGGGUAACAGCUGCAAUGGAACAGGAAAAUGGUGUCAUUUUCUUGGAUGCUAGUGAUAACCAGGGAAUUGAGGCAUGGGUGGGUCUGCCCCAGGAAGAUAUGAGCCAACUUGAACAAAACCCUGAUAUUCUUGAAUUUGCUUGUGUCAAUUGAAGAACUUAAGAACUGCAAAUAAGGGUCCAGAUUGCCCAAGCCACUUUUCUUUAAAUGCCCAUAGCAUUUUAAAGCAUUCUUGUGUCAUUCAAUUCUGUUAGAUUUCUUUUGAUUGUAGCUAAAAAUUUCCUAAAUAAACUCAUUUUCCACUAAGCAAUUAAAUAA